AUGAAUGAAUCAGAGUUUAAAAAAUACAAGAUAGAUUUGAAAGUUAGAGAAAAAAGCUCAGCAACAACUUUAUGGUUAGUUAUUUAUAUUUGCUUCAUCUACCUUCUCUUUGGAUCGUUUAAUAUGUGUGGCAAAAUUUUCUUGACAUGUGCAUACAUCUAUUCAUUUUCAGAAAGCAUUUCCUAAUUGGAUUAUACCUCAAUAAAUUUAAAUAUUGCUAGAUGGUUUCUAUUUCAAUUGGUAGGACCUUUAAGCCUUCCAUUCAUACCUUAUUUAAUUGGCAAAAUGAAAUUCAGAUAUAUUUUAGUGGCUGCAUCACUUGGUCCAAUUAUAUUCCUGACACCAGCACCCUAUGCUUGUUUGUGUAAGGAUUCUUAAUCACCAGGUUGUGAUAAGGCCUUUAUAUAUUUAUGUGCAAUUUUAGUAUCUAUAAUUGCGGGUUUGAUGCAAUCAAUAUUACUAUUUACCAUGCUAUUUUACAUAUCCAAUCUAUCAAAAAGUCAAGAAAAAGUGAUUUAUUAUGGUUCAUUUUUUUUCAUUCAUUCCUUGUAAUGGUUGCUUGGAAGUUUGAUAGGCGAAGUAUUCCUUACAUAUGAUAUGAAUUAAGACAACUCCAUUUCCAAAGUUUUUGGUUUACUUAUUCUAUUACAAUUUGUUGUGAGUCUCCUUUAUUUGUCCAUCCCUGAAAAAUCCGAUGGUCGUUAUGAUAAAUUUCAUAGAACAAUAUUUGAAUAUUUCAAUAACAAAAGUCAAAAGCAGUCUAAAUUAGAAUAAACUGGUGGAAUUAGAGAAUUGCUCCUAAAAUCAACUUAUAUUAACAGCGACAAUGAUGAUGAAAGUGAUACAUUUAAAAAUGCAGAGGAAACUUCUAGAUCCCAAUCGAAAUCUGCAGUUGAUUUGCAUUUAUUUAAAUCUUAAAUGUUUCAAAAUUCUAAUACCAAAUCAAUUAUGACUUUGUAGUGCUUCUCCAUAGAAGAACAAAGCUUAGUAGAACUCUUAGAAUCAACAAAUCAAUAGACAAAGAAUUCCAUAUCAAUUGAUGAAUAUUAAAAUCGCAACUACUUUUAGAACAUUUAAUUAACCUUUGAAAAACUGUGUCAAGAAGGAUUUUUAUCAGUUCUGCUUUUGCUAUGUUUUAUUGCCUGCAUUUAAGCAUUUUUGUUUAUAUAUUUUUUUCCAUUUUUUGCUUAUCCAGGAAUUAAGAAAUUAACAUUUCAAGCCAGAUUGGUACUAUAGGGAUAUUUGUAUGUAGGUGUUGGUGAAUUAUUUGGUUCAUUUGGAAUCGGUUGGCUAGGAGAUUCCAAAGAUUAAAUUAAGUAUCCAUUUAUUUACAAUAUAUAAGCGCCCUUAUCUACAUUCUUUAAAUAUUCUAAUUCGACUACUGGAUGA